GAUCACGGUGGAUGGUGAUGUGAGAAGCUGCUGGCUGCCAAUAGGCCUCGGAGGGGGGGGGAAGGUUUGAAGACAUGGACUGUGAAAGAGCAUCAACCUAAUGACCCGCAGUGAUUGACCGGCCAUGGAGGUCCAGAAGAGUCUGUCUGCGUGUUGGCGGAGGUUUCUGGCGUGUUUCAAGAAGCCGGGUCAGUCUAAGGGGGAGAGCGGGUCCGAGGACAAAGUCGGCGCGGUGAUAGUGAACCUCGCAGCCCAGAGCAGCGCAGCGCCCCCCGCCAAGAGGAAGAGCUGGCGGCCGGCGGACAACUCGGGGGACUUUUACAUCGCCCUGUACGACUACUCCGCUCGCACCGAGGAGGACCUCAGCUUCCAAACCGAAGACAUCUUAGAGGCUCUGGACAAAAGCACUGGUGACUGGUGGUUUGCCAAAGCCGUCACCGGCCUGUCCGCCUCCAAAAAGGGAUACAUCCCCGCCAACUAUGUGGCACCUGUGGAGAGUAUCGAUGCAGAACCAUGGUAUUUCCCCGACACCAAGCGUCAGGAUGCGGACAAGAUGCUGCUGGCUGGAGGGAACCGGCAUGGUGCCUUCCUCAUCAGAAACUCUGAGACCCAGACAGGAGACCUCUCCCUCUCAGUGCUGGACGGCGGGAAGGUGAAGCAUUACAAGCUGAGAAAAAGGGAGAAUGGUCAAUACUUUGUGUCGACGUCGAGAUGCUUUCCAACAAUUAAGGAGUUGGUAGAACAUUACUCCGAACAGGCUGAUGGCCUCUGUGUGCGUCUGGUUGAACCAUGCAAAAAGAUGGAGGCUCCACAGACUCAUGGUAUGUCCUACAACACAGUGGACCAAUGGGAAAUUGACCGCAACUCCAUCAAGCUGCUGAGGAAGCUGGGAGCGGGUCAGUUUGGUGAAGUCUUCGAGGGCAUCUGGAACGAAACCACAGCAGUCGCAGUGAAGACCCUCAAACCUGGUACCAUGGAUCCCGAUGACUUCCUGAGAGAGGCUCAGAUCAUGAAGAGGCUGCGGCAUGCCAAGCUGAUCCAGCUGUAUGCGGUCUGCACCAUGGAGGAGCCCAUCUACAUCAUCACAGAGCUGAUGAAGAACGGCAGCCUGCUGGAUUACCUCCAGAAGGAUAAAGGCAACACGCUAGCGAUCUCUGACCAGAUCGAGAUGGCUGCGCAGGUUGCAUCAGGCAUGGCGUUCCUGGAGUUGCAGAACUAUAUCCACAGAGACCUGGCAGCCAGGAACGUCCUGGUGGGCGAGAACAACAUCUGCAAGAUCGCCGACUUUGGCCUCGCCAGGGUCUUCAUGAAAGAGAAUGAGAAUGUGUACGAAGCCAAAGAGGGCACAAAGUUUCCGGUGAAGUGGACCGCUCCAGAGGCUAUCCAUGACAACAAGUUCACUAUAAAAUCUGAUGUAUGGUCCUUUGGAGUUUUGCUGUAUGAGAUCAUGACAUUUGGCCAGAUGCCGUACCCAGCCAUGACCAACUACCAAGUGGUCCAGCGGAUUCCCCAGGGCUACAGGAUGCAGUGCCCCCCGCACUGCCACAAAGUCAUGUACGACAUCAUGAUGGACUGCUGGAAGGAGAAUGAACAGGACCGGCCCACGUUCGAGACCCUGCAGUGGAAGCUGGAGGACUACUUCGACCUGGAUGUGACCUCGUAUGACGAUGCCAGCCGCUAUUAGCAAACCAACAUGUCUGGGACACAUUUGAGCGAAACAACAACAAAAAACUCUGAACGCAGCAAAACAAAAUCAUACUCGUAUGGAGACAAAUAUGGAGUUCCACUAAGUUUCAUGAAGUAACUCAUUGAAAUGUAAUAUAAAAGGAUCUAAAUGUUUGAUAUGCAUGUGAUAGAAUACUGUGACUGUAACUGGCACACAGUGAGGAAGCUUUUGCUUCCAAGUGUGCUUAGUUCCGACACUCCUGGUCUCACUUUGCAUGACAAAGGAAUGCACUUUCAGACAUUAAGCCUAGCUCUAAAUUAGUCCUUAAAUGCAGACCUCUUGCAGCACAAUCUGUCCAUCUGGAUGAACCUGUUCUUCUUGCACUCGGCAUAGCUCACAUUGUUUCCACCUGCAGAGCUUUACUGGAAGCUACUAGAGGGUGACUAAUACUUUGUGUCUUUGAUAGUGAGACUGAGGUGAGUCGAAGGUGCUGUCAUUUCAGCUCACUCGUGGUUGCAUAUGUACUGCGAGCAACCAAGUUUAUCUUUUUCUUUUUAUUCCAAUGUAGGCAACUGAAUUUGGCCCUGGCAGCCCAUUACAGCCCCACUAAAUGAAAACACAUUACCAAUCUCUUUAUUGACAAACUACAAAAAAAUGGCUUCAAUCUGUUCCAUUACAUAAUAUAACUUUCUCUCUCAAUCAAGAAAAUUCAUAAAAAUAUAUGGUAGGGCAAAGGGGAACGAAAGACUGAAGAAUUAUCUGUAGGUUGAACAACUUUUGCAUUAAAUGAUUAAAGUAAUGUUAAGGGAUUAAAUCCAAAUCAAAUUAAAUCCAUCCAAAAUCGAAACAAAAGUAUGUUAGAUUUUUCCUUGGACGACAUUGACAUAAACACUCGAUUGUAAAACUGUGGCAACAGAAACUGAAUUGGUAGGUUGUUGUGUCUUCUCUGGUCAGGUCGGGGGCAGCCCCAGGAUCAUGUCAGUGGCCUUCUAUCAGUCGUGUUUCAGUAACGAGAUGCCUAAAAAAACAAAAACCAUUUUCUUACUAUCCAUGUCCCUUCAACAUUUUUUGAUGUAAGGCUGAAUAUUGUUUGUCCUAUUGAUAGUUUUGGUUGCUAUCAGUUAGCCGCACGUUUAUCACAGUGUAACCAAAUGUUAAUUUAUUGCGAAAGAAACAGUGAGAGUUGGAUGAUCUAAUUUACUGUAAAUGAGCUGCUUGGAAGUUUAGAUGUUGGACGGAGAUGUAUUGAUAUAAUUCAGAUUUUGUCCAUCAAACAUUGUUGUCAGAUGUUUGACCCCCCUUAAACAUAUGUUAAAGAUUGCCAAACAUGAUGUUCUGUAAAAUUGUGGCAAAAGUUAUUAUUUUAAUUGCAAUUAGUUUUUUUUUUUUUCUUUUUUUCUCCUUGACACUGUUUUGGCCACAGUGUUUGGUAGUCCAGGGUCUGUGUGGUGCCCUCAUGCUACUACACCUUAAGCCCCAGCACACUAACCUUUCUGCUUUUAUGAUCUAUCACGCUCAGUCAAAUGUUUUUUCAGUCAUACUCAUGUGGGACCUACAGUGUAAUGGCUCAGUGACUGAACUAUGCAACACUGGAUUUAUCCCUCCUUUUUUACUGAUUCAGUUUGAAGUGUACAGCUGCUCUUAGAUCUGUGGCAACAAUCUUUCUAAGAACAACAUGUUGUGUUGAUCGAUGUCUGACACGUUAACUUCAGUUGUUCUACCAGCCAUCAUCAUGCUCUGAUGAUUUUGUGUCUUGUGUUCAGUGUCAUGAACGCCAUCCCUUUAAUUUGUAACCAGGCCAGUGUUUAUAUAUGAUCAUACUGUAUUUUAACGUAAUUAUCCUUUUAUUGUUAUCACAAAUAAAUGAUUUAUAUUUAGUACAA